AGAGACUAAAACGCUCAUUGUCCUUCAAGACCAUGAUGCGCAGUAAGAGCGUGGAGAACUUCUUCCAAAGGUCCUACAGCGAUGCCCGCCUGCCCCAGGAUUUCAUCACGGACCCGCCGCCUCCGUCCCCCCCUCUGAUGCCUGGCUCCCCACUUGUUGGUGACCGGUCACCAUCAAUUUCACCAUCUCGCAGUCCCAACCCCUCCAUCUCCUCCCACUCGCCCUCACUCAGCCUUUCUCCAUCACUCCCCGCCAAGCCUCCCCGACCCCAGAUUACCCACUGUUUCCAGGACCACAUCUUUCGAAAGCCCACCAACUGCCAGCAUUGCAAGCACAUGAUAGUAGGAAACUCCAAACAAGCUCUACGGUGUAAAACGUGCAAGAUGGCUGCUCACCUGUGGUGCACCUCAGAACUAUCGCAGCAGCCGUGUCAUGGGAAGUCGGGAGCAUUCAAGCGAAACUUCAGCUCGCCGAUGCUCGUCAAUGACCAGUUGGCUGUCGUCAAGGAAGUUCAGCCAAGCCAAGAGGCACCGCGGAUGCGAGUAGACCCUGUGUAUGCCGCCUUGCGCUACGGGACGUCCUUGGCACAGAUGAGUCGCUCCAGUUUUGGCAGUUUGUCAGAAUCACCAACGCGCAGCUUGGGUGAGGGAGGAGAGGAGAGGCAACAGAGACAGUCCAGCAUGGAGGAAGAAUUAACUCAGGAGACAGGGGAUGAUCCUAUCCCCGAGCCAGAGAUCGAAAAGGAGGUAGACGAGAGCAGCGAACAAACUCAGACUGCAGAGGAGAAGGUGCCCAAGCGCAUUGAAGUCCACUCUAUCCACACCUAUGUAGCGCUCUACAAGUUUCUGCCUCAGGAACCAAAUGACCUGGAACUACAUCCUGGUGAUCGGGUGCAGGUCACUGACGACUCUAAUGAGGAGUGGUGGAAGGGUAAAUGUGGGGACAAAGUUGGUUUUUUCCCUGCCAACUUUGUGCAAAGGGUCCGACCCGGAGAGAGAGUGUGGCGGGUUAUUCAGGGCAAUCCCGGCAACCGAGAGAGAGGACACAUGGCUGUGAGGGAAUCCCAGAUUUGUGUGGGGAAACGAGAAGAGGGUGAGGUGUUUCUAAAGCUGAGCAGUGGAAAGAAGAAAGGGCUGGUCCCAGCUGAUUCCAUAGAGGAGAUUUGAACCUUUGUGCACAGACCACCAUCUUUCCACAUCUACUUUCCCCAGGGAUGCACCCAUUUUAAAACUACCCCUCUUCUGCCUCAUUCCCCUGGCUAAACAACUGCUCCAGCUUCUCCAACUGGUCAGCCAAACACAGAAAAACUAAAAACAUAAUACACACUUCUGCAAGGAUCUGGAACCACAGCCCCUCAUAAACACAUGGUUUCCAGCUCAGCUGGUUGAUUGUAAGCCUUUAAUGGAGGGGGCAGUUAUGCAAUUGCCCUGCUCUAGUUCUCUUGUAGGUUUAUCUUUUCAAAGCCAAUAAAUCGAUGUUUAGUAGACAAGGGUGGUCAAAAAUGCUUUAAAAUGUCUGCUGGAUGCCAGCUCAGAUUUAGUUUUUCCUCAUCAAAAAGACGUCUACCAGCGUGGGAGGAGGCUGAAUCCUGUCAUGGGAACAUGAUGCUUCUAUCAGUGUCCUUUUCUUGUUUCUACCCACUCCGUGUGUCUCAUUCCUAUCUGCUAAUUUCAGGGUCUCUGCCCUGGGGACUGAUAUCAGCUUCGUGUAGACUGCUACAACAAUAGGCACUUGCCAAGAACAACCACUGCCAGCUAUGGAAAGCUACUGCCAUUUAGACAGACGGCAGGAUAGGAUGAAAGGAAUACACCAGAUCUGAAAAUUGUCUGUAGUUUCUGGCUGAGUUACGACUGCACUCAAUGAUUUGAGAGUGCAAAAAGAAGAGGUUUUUCACACAAAAAUCAAAAACUGAUUCUUUUCAUUAUGAAAUGACAAUUAAAGUAUGCUAUAAAAAUUGUCCAGCAUCUUUUAAUUUCUGGUAUGAAAGUCUGUCAAACCCUGUGAUCAUCACUAUCUACCCAAAGACUCAGAGUUUACCUUUUCGACUAUCCUUAAA